AUGCCAACCGUAAACCAAAUAUACAAUCUAAGCAAACCACCUGAAGUUCUACCAACGGCAAACAUACAUCAAGAGCACAACCUAAACAAAACAUCUGAAGUUUUAACUACAUCACACUCACCUAAAAUACUCGACGUUAAUAAAACAUCAGAAGUUACAUCAACAUCAAACUUACAUCAAACACGUGACCUGAGCAAAACAUCUGAUGUUCUAACUACAUCAAACUCACAUCAAAAACUCGACGUUAGUAAAACACCUGAAGUUCUACCAGCAUCAAACUUACAUCAAACAAAAGACCUGAACAAAAGACCUGAAAUUUCACCAACAUCAAAAGUAAAUCAGAAACAAAAACAGAACAAAAGAUCUGAAACUCUAUCAACAUCAAACGUAGUCCAUACACAUGACCUCAACAAAACCUCUAAAGUCCCACCUACAUCAAACGUAGACCAAACACACAAUCUAAGCAAAUCAUCUAACAUUUUACCGACAUCAAACGAACAUCAAACACUCGACGUUAGUAAAACAUCUGAAGUUUCACCAACAUCCAACUUACACCAAACACAUGACCUGAACAAAAGACCUGAAGCUCCAUCAAUAUCACGUGAUGUGCAUAAGAAACACAACCGGAACAAAACACCUGAUGUUCCACCAACUUCAAAAGUAAAUGAGAAACAAAAACAGAACGAAAGAUCUGAAACUUUAUCAACAUCAAACGUAGACCAAACGCACGACCUGAACGGAACCCCUGAAGUUGUACCUACAUCAAACUUAGACCAAACAUACAAUUUGAGCAAAACAUCUAAAGUUCCACUAACAUCGAACGAACAACAAAUACACAACUUGAACAAGACAUCUGAAGACCCAUCAACGUCAAACGAAAACCAAAUACACAACCUGAACAAGACAUCUGAAGUAUUACUAACAUCAAAUGAACAUCAAACACACAACCGGAACAAAAAAUCUGAUGUUCCACUAACAUCAAAAUUAAAUCAGAAACAAAAACAGAACAAAAAAUCUGAAGCUCUAUCAACACCAAACGUAGUCCAUACACAUGACCUGAACAAAACCUCUGAAGUGCCACCUACAUCAAACGUAGAUCAAACACUCGACGUUAGUAAAACGUCUGAAGUUCCACCAACAUCAAACUUACAACAAACACACGACUUGAACAAAAGACCUGAAGCUCCAUCAAUAUCACGUGAUGUGCAUAAGAAACACAACUGCAACAAAACACCUGAUGUCCCACUAACAUCAAAAGUAAAUCAGAAACAAAAACAGAACAAAAGAUCUGAAACUUUAUCAACAUUAAACGUAGUUCAUACACAUGACCUCAACAAAACCUCUGAAGUGCCACCUACAUCAAACGUAGACCAAGCACACAAUCUAAGCAAACCAUCUGAAAUUUUACCACCAUCAGACAAAAAUCAAACACCCGACGUUAGUAAAACAUCUGAAGUUCCACCAACAUCAAACUUACAACAAACACACGACUUGAACAAAAGACCUGAAGCUCCAUCAAUAUCACGUGAUGUGCAUAAGAAACACAACUGUAACAAAACACCUGAUGUUCUACCAACAUCAAAAGUAAAUCAGAAACAAAAACAAAACAAAAUAUCUGAAACUUUAUCCACAUCAAACUUAGACCAAACGCACGACCUGAACAAAACCUCUGAAGUUCCACCUACGUCAAACUUAAACCAAACAUACAAUUUGAGCAAAACGCCUGAAAUUCCACUAACCUCGAACGAACACCAAAUACACAACCUGAACAAAACAUCUGAAGUCCUACCAACAUCAGACGAACAUCAAAUACACAACCUAAUCAAAACAUCUGAAAUUUCACCAACAUCAAACGAACAUCAAAUACCCGACCUGAGCAAAAAAUCUGAAGUUCUAACUACACCAAACUCACAUCAAACACUCGACGUUAGUAAAACAUUUGAAGUUCCACCAACAUUAAACUUACACCAAACACGCGACCUGAAUAAAAGACCCAAAGCUCCAUCAAUAUCACAAGAUGUGCAUAAGAAACACAACCGGAACAAAACACCUGAUGUUCCACCAACAGCAAAAGUAAAUCAGAAACAAAAACAGAACAAAAUAUCUGAAGCUCUAUCAACAUCAAACGUACAUCAAACGCACGACCUGAACAGAACCUCCGAAGUUCCACCUACGUCAAACGUAGACCAAACACACAAUUUGAGAAAAAUAUCUGAAAUUCCACCAACAUCAAACGAACACCGAAUACGCAUCCUAAACAAAGUAUCUGAAGUUCUACCAACGUCAAACGAACACCAAAUACACAACCUAGUCAAAACAUCUGAAAUUUCACCAACAUCAAACGAACAUCAAAUACACAACUUAAACAAAGCACAUAAACAUAACAUGUAUAUAAUAAAUGUAAUCGAAGACAUAAACAUAACAUGUAUGUAUCAAAUGUAA